CAUUAGGUGAGUGCGUGGAGCGGGCGGCUGUUCUCGCGCUCUUCACUGAUUUUACAUUAAAUCGCUCAUAUCUGGGGUUUAAAGCGCAGGUUCUGAUAUUAAAGUGAUUGUGUCUGUGUUUGUUACAGAUCGCAACCAUGGGCCGCCGUCCAGCCCGCUGCUACAGAUACUGCAAAAACAAGCCUUACCCCAAGUCCCGCUUCUGUCGGGGUGUGCCUGAUCCCAAGAUCAGGAUCUUCGACUUGGGCCGAAAGAAGGCUAAGGUGGAUGAGUUCCCCUUGUGCGGUCACAUGGUGUCUGAUGAAUAUGAACAGCUGUCCUCUGAAGCUCUUGAGGCUGCCCGUAUCUGUGCUAACAAAUACAUGGUGAAGACCUGCGGUAAGGAUGGUUUCCACAUCCGUGUGCGCCUGCAUCCUUUCCACGUCAUCCGCAUCAACAAAAUGUUAUCCUGUGCCGGAGCUGAUAGGCUCCAGACUGGAAUGCGUGGUGCUUUUGGAAAACCCCAGGGCACAGUGGCUCGUGUGAACAUUGGACAGGUGAUCAUGUCUGUACGCACAAAAGCCCAGAACAAGGAACAUGUCAUUGAGGCUCUGAGGAGAGCCAAGUUCAAGUUCCCUGGCCGUCAGAAGAUCCACAUCUCCAAGAAGUAUGGCUUCACCAAGUUCAAUGCAGUGGACUUUGAGGACCUGCUGGCGGAGAAACGUCUGGUGCCCGAUGGCUGUGGGGUGAAGUACAUGCCUAACCAUGGACCACUGAACCGCUGGAAGGCCCUGCACGCCAACUAAGCACUUCACACUUAACCAGUUCUUGGUUGUGUGAGGGGAGAGGCCUCAUUUCAUAAGUGAAUAAAAUCAAACGGUGUUUUGAUUAAAAAUCA